AUGGUGUGCACCAAGGAGAGGGCACCUCAACGACAAGUUGCCAAGCCUCAAGAGCUUCGAGGAAGCCCCAGCGGUGCUGCCACUUUCCUUACGCUUCUGGUGGUGGUGCUUGGGCUAGACGUGCUGUUGACUUCUGGAGCAAAGGCUGUGCUACCCCUGAUGGCCUUUAUCGAAACAUAUCCGACUCGGUUCGCGGCGUUUUAUCAGCCCAAGGUAGAAAUGUUGGCAGCAAUGGUGCAGGAUCUUUUCGACGGACUGGAGAUUUCGGAGCAAUUGAGCGAGGCUUGGGACUUCACUGCUGCGCUGGUCACCCUUGUGUGCGCGCAUCAGGUCAUCGAGUCCGCGAGAACCACAGUCGCAAGUAGAUUAAAUAUAUAA